AUGGCCCCCAUCCAAUCUCCCGAGUUCGACCUUGGCAAGUGCCUCAAAGGCGAGCAGCAGCUUGUAACCUGGGAUAUCGCAUAUCGCGCCCUUUGCGACCCCGAAACCGCGUCCAAAAGCGAAGCCCUACGCGCCUUCCUCACCUCCAACGAGAACAGAGAUAUCCUAAGCCAUCCAUGGAAGCCCUUCCCCGACCCAUCGUCGCAAGAGAAGAGCAAGUUCGAAACCAACACAGCGCCUAUCAAGGUUACACCUGCUCAGAGCGAACACUAUGAUGUAGCAGAAAUAAAGGAAGACAGCCUGUGGUUGUCUAAAGAGGCGCAAAUAUCAGAAUAUGCAGCGUUGCAGUUGGUUGUCCAAGAGUGGCAGGGCAGGCCGACCGCACAGCUACUGAGUGGGCUGACUGAAGAGGAGGCCCUCAGCGUACAGGAAGCCGCUGGUAUGGCGAAUUUAGGAGCCUCGACUUUCGUCCCAAACUCGUCCAUCCUGGCUUCACCGCUCGCUUCCAGGACCGCGCAUCUCGAUGCAAAGGAUCAACGCCGCCUCCAUAUCCUCGACGUCUACCAUUCGACAUGCGCUUCCAUCAUACGAAUUAGCCAGCUUCUCGUUUCAUGGGGCUGCGCAUCCAACUUGCGCAGCCAGACCAUCUACGGCAACGAUUACCUGAGCAUCGGCGCCGGUUGGAUUGAAGAGCUUGGACAGACCAUCGCAGCCGCACAAGACGGACCCACAGGUGGAAAGGCACUGGAUGAGUGCUUAAAGGCAUUCUCCAAGAGGUGCGAUUCCUUGGACGCUGGUUAUGGCUGGAACGUCGACGAUUCGAUACUGGAAGCUGCGUCGGAGAAAUGGGUUGUUGCACAAACCACAGAGAUGCUGCACAUUCUGCAUCUAGCCCUGGUGCACGCAGACUUGGUUGUCAAGGACUUCCUUCCCGCGGCUACCAUCGAGGACUGGCUCAAAGCCUUCAGUUUCCGCGGCUUCUUCCGCGAGUUCCCUGCAGUCACAGCUCGCCAGGAGCCUCUUAUUCCGGUUAUACAACUGCUGACCUCCCUCAUGUCUCUGACUAUCUUGAAGGUAGACAAGAUCAUGGACGAUCUCGAAUCCGGCGACUGCAAUACUUGGGCCUCCUCAUCGUACAUUCUCAACACCACUGUUGUAGAGAGCAUUACCACUAUUUUUGGAGAAGCCAAGUUGUUGGGUGCUAGCCCGGCUACACCCCCUACGUUCGCCUGGGCUAUCCUUACCUGGAAGCUUACAAGUCGUGCGAGCUACGAGGAACAAGAACGCGACCGUCUCAUUGAAUCGUCAAACAAUCCAGAAAAUCAAGAACCUCAAAUUUCGCCACUUGAGGAGGCUGCUUUGGUCGUUGCUAGACUUGAAACACAUGAGCUCUUCGACGGUAAGAUGCCUUAUGAGGAGCUCGCCAACAUCAGUUCAGCAGUAGGUGUGCUAGCUAUCAUCAACCAGCUAGUCGAGACUAGUCUGCCUGCAUUCGGAACCCCCAUCGAUCAAAUAUCACAGGAUAGGAUUCGUCUGCUGUUCCUCCAGCUCAUCCGCGCUGCUGUCGGCAGUGACAUUGUCGCAUAUAGUCCAGACUUGAUAGUAACGACAUACACUAUUCUGACUGGCGACAACUCUUUCCGGAAAUGGGAAAAUGGGGACAUAUCUCGCCAUGCCGAUCCGAUCGUGGCGUAUUUCUUGGAAGAUGAAUACGUCCUGCGACCACUGCUGCUCAAUGAAGCUCGCCUACGCUACCCCUACGAGAUGACACCUUUCCUGAAGUUCUGUAGCGCAUUAACCCGUGGCGACAAGACGAUGCAGAACGGCUUGCCUACAUUCAUUGAAAAGCUUGGGAACCACAACCGGCUCAUGCAACAAUUACCGGAAGGAUUCAGGGACUACGCCUUGACGCGCGAGGAGGAGAACGCCAACUGGGUCGAACUUACAGGCAACCUUCCGCUCUUCUCGUCUGGAGUAUCUUCGAGCUUCCGCGGACAACGUCGAUUGUUGACCUCCGGCACAUCGACACAGUCUGACGGGCUAUCUGGAAUACCGGCUGGCACCGAAGGAAUUAUCGUUGAUGACAAUGCGCAGCCAUACGUGGCGGUAUGGCAUCAUCAACACUCUACAUUGUCAUACCUAGUUGAACUUCUCUCAACCUACCCUGUGGGGAGCAGCAAGGUCGAGACCGCCACGCAGCAGCCCGCACCUCGCGAAAGUGUCAUCGAAAUCAUCGGGCUCUUCGCUGAUCUGAUGCAUUCUUCCUUACAUGCAUCUGAGGGCAUCUGUUCAACCGAGCUCUUGGAGGCGAUUGGUAUCGGUGCCGAAGGCAGCCAGGAUACCGUCAACCUUGUGCUCGCCAUCUUCGAAGAAGAGCUGCUGCACCUCUGUCAAGAGCCAAGCAACGAGGCGUCCUUGGAGCUAUUGGUCAACUGCACUCAUUUCUUGGAGGCUUUGAUCAUUGUUUCUCCACACAGGGUAUGGCCUUGGCUCGCUAGGAGUAGACUGCUUGAAGGCGACGGAAAUGGCAGCUUAGCGACUAUCCUCAUUGGCACUGAAAUGGUUCUUGGACGAUAUGAUUUCCUCAUAGGAUGUAUCCGACUCUACAAGGGGCUCGUCAAAGAUGCCGUCGAGCGAUCAGUAUCCCGCAAAGUCCCAACGAAAGCCCUCAGUCGCUUCAACGCUGCUGCGCCUUUAGAAAGCGGAACGUCAGAUAAGAUCAUGAGUACAAUCCUCUUCACCUUCGGUCGAACCCUUGCCAGCAUAUAUGAGAGCUCGCUGAACUGGAAGUAUUCUCACCCCAACCAUCGUCCCGAGAUCAACAUCGCUAUCUGCGAAGUUUUCACGACGAUACUACACCUUGCGUACAGCGUGGACGACGAACCGAAGCUAUCCGCUAAGCUCGCCAAAUCCAUCGCACCCAUCGCCGAGUACAUCACCCAGCUUUACCUCACGCGAUCAGGCGCAGAUCUUCCGACGAAUCCGCUGAUGACCUCUCUGAUCACUGGCGUCAGACCCAGUGACAUCACGUUGCUCACGACUUCGAGUGCGUUGUGGAUGCAGCAGACGCGGACUACUCUGGCUUUCGCUGACGUACUCGUUCGGGUUGCCGUACUAUUGAACAAACCCUGGACGCACUUGGAGCAGCAGCUUUUCAAGGCUACCCCAUUACUAGCACGGCUGUACGCAACUAGUGACAAAUGGAAGUCGCAAGUCGUACAACUGUUGGAAGCUCUUGUUCGUGGCGCUGUCCGUAUCGCCGGACAAGAAGACUCAGCAAUGGCGGACGGAGACCCAAAACAGUCUGUCCGAAAACAGAUUGAGCAGCAAGAACCUCCUUCACUACUCGGUCACCUCGGACCACGAACUGCGAAGAACUUCCUGAGUGUACUUUCGCAACUCGAUGAGCCGUUACGAAUAGUCGACAUUCAGACUAACGCCUGGAACUUGCUUUCAGCUGUAGUGACAUGCAAACAGCAGUGGUUCUCCUUGUAUCUGCUCACCGGUAGCACGCCUCGCGAGUCUAUUCGUUCCAAGAAAGAUGCUACUCACGACUCACGUAAUAAAGCGCUACUUACGCGAGCGCUCGAUGCGCUUUCCAACACGGCUCUACCAGACCAAGAUACGACUGGCCUCUCAUGGCCUCUAUACAUCGCCAUGCUUGAGUUUGUUUCGUCAGCGCAAAACAACUGGUCAUGGGCAAUGGGUGACCUACGGCAACGCAAAGACUUGAUCCAGAAGUUGCUCGCCUUCAUGAAGUGGAUGGUCAAGCAGCCCAAACAACCAAGAAUGAGCAACAACAGCGAAACACUCGAACGCUCAUUCCAAAACAGGUUUGCAUCAUUGGCCUGUGAAGUCAUCGCCAUGUAUCUCCACAGCUCGCGACAAGUGGGCGACAUCACCGUGCUCAAGGAUGUUGUACCAAGUCUAACGUACCUUGAAGACACUGCUUUGGAUCUACCAUCCUACAGUACGUCUUUGCAUGGCUAUCUCAAGCAGAACCUAGAGAAACAGUACCCUGGCGUCACUUUAGGGAACGUCAAGCGAACCACACUGUACCCGGAGACCUUUGGGCGGGCGUUCUUCUACGACAUCGACCUUGCCCAGCGGCUCUUAGGCUUCAACAGCAAGUGGGCCGGCCCUAGAGAAGGUACGGGCUUCGCAACUGAGGUUGAGAAGGCCAAUUACAACCUUGGACUGGUUGAGUCUCAAGUCCUGCUGCUUCAAGGUUGGAAGCUGCUGGCUCUGGAAUUGAGCCAAGUCGUAGCAAAGGAUGAGCGAAUAGUCAAGGUACUGGUUGGGGUCAUCCAGAAGUGCAUGGUCGCCAAUGAACAGUCGAAUCUCCCGGAAGCGUUGUUUGGCCAGCUCAUGGUUUUGCGGGCAGAUCUAGCAUUUGCACUGCUGAAGAAGCUGGUUGAGGCAAAGGUACGAACGACCGAGGCACGCCAGCUGCUCGCCCCAGUGUGGAACGCUAUCCGCACCUCCACGCCGGACUUCGAGAAUGUUUUUUCGACCGACGCUGUGCACUACUACCGGUCCUUGCUACGAAUCCUCUACCUUGCCCUUCACUUCCACCUCAUCGACGACACGGAUACAUCGAACGAAGCAACUCUCCGCUCCUCCUUCCGCGGCACAAUGCCCACAAGCCAUAACACGUACGCCGAACCCAUCUCUACCCAACUUCUCGAGAUUCUUUCCGAUACGGUUGCAAAGGGCUUCCGCAGCCUCGCUACACAGCUUCACGCUGAACCUGCAUCCGUCUCGCCAUCAGAUUUCGCCCUCCUCACUGCGCUCCUCCAGCGCAUCAUUGCGAUACCAGAGAUGUCAAAGUGGCAACAACAAGCCGCUCUCCUCUUCGCCAACAGCAACACCGUGCGCUACGCUACUAGCCUCUUCUCAUGGGCUGACCGCCUGACGAUAUCCCACAACGGCAUCGACGACCCCAUCUACGGCGAGCUCAGCGUACUAUUCCUGCUCUCCUUGUCAAGCAUUCAGGCCCUGGCGGAAACCAUGGCCGUGGAAGGUAUACUCAGCCAACUCAACACUGCAAACAUCAUGAACUACUACCGCCGCGUCAACGGCAUGGGUCCGUUCGACAACCCAGCACGCAUGUACAGUAUCUGGACAAAAGGCAUCCUGCCACUUUGCCUCAACCUCCUGCUUUCAGUCGGCCCGCCUAUCGCAGCGGAGAUCUCAUCCUUCUUGAACCAAUUCCCAGAACAGCUUGCUCGUUCGGCUCUGAGCAUAAAUUCGAACCCUUCGUCCCGUACUUCGGCUACGAAGAUUACGCUUACCGCCGCCUCGGAAGUACAUUCUUUGGCGCUCAUCUCUAGUAUCCUGGAGAAUGUCCGCAAGCAAGGUCCCAAACUGGGUAUCCAGGCCAAUGAUGUCGCACUCCUAGACUGGGAUAAGGAGAACAUCAAAGAGGACGUGGAGAGCUGGUUGGGUCGUAAGAGCGCGUUGCGUGAGCGCAUUGUAGCAGUCGAUGAGCGGGAGUUGGAGAUGCUGAGUAGCAGAAAAGGACAGGGCGAGGAUGCACUGAGUGAGCUUGAGAAGAGGGUUUUGAGUGAGUUGGAAGAUGCGGGACGAUGUCUGGGUGUGGGCAAUGGGAAUGGAAAUGGAAAUGGAAAUGGGAAGAAAUAG